AUGCCUCCAAAUCCGGAUCUCCCUGUUAAACCUCUUGGUCGACGCUUCUCUCAAUACUAUGUGCCGAUCCCUGUCUAUAUCGGUCUAGAUGUAGAACCUGACCUUGAGCAUGGAAAAUGUGGAUACGCUAUCUCUGUACACGAUGGCUCAUAUACAACCGAUUACUACUCUGGCACAUUUGAAAUCGACUGCAAGGGUAAAUGUAAGGAGCAUUGUAUGUUUGAUGGUGUAAACAAGCUACUCGAGGUGGUGCGUGUAUUUGCAAUGGCUCAACAUUACAAGAUCCAAAUUAUUGCCAUUUCUCGAAGUCUCAGCGAAGCUAUCUAUCACGCACAACCAGCUGAAGGCCCUAGUGCAGCAAGCAUGUUUUGGCGUGAGCUCGAUGCCAUUCCUUUUCAUGUAACUACGAAUGCUGAAAGUUCAGAUGAAAGGGCUUCUGCAGCUGUACGUAAAGCUGUCAUGUGGCUAUCACCACAGUAUCCUGGCAACCUGCCACGUGUCUCCGUUGGAUACCGCCAUGAAGUUGAAGUGGAUUUCAAUGGAUUGAUUCGAUUGGUUGAUCUUAUCGAUUAUAAAAGAACGGUUUGCAGUGACACAUGGCGUGUAAUAAUGGAUAUGGUUACCCAAUACAAGGAUCGCAAGCUGCGACUCUGUUUCUUUAACUCGACUCCUCAAGGCGGUGGAGUGGCGUUGAUGCGUCAUGCUCUUCUUCGACUUUAUCGCUUAUUGGGUGUGGAGGUUCAUUGGUAUGUGGCGCGCCCCAAACCAGAGGUGUUUGACAUUACCAAAAGAAAAUUCCACAAUGUGCUGCAAGGCGUCGCUCCACCUGAUGUUCGGCUCAAUGACAGGGACAAGCAAAUAUUUAUCGAUUGGUCAGACGACAAUGCGGAGCGUUUCUGGCUCAAGCCGGGUGGCCCAAUUGGGAAUUCCGAUGUCAUUGUUAUUGAUGAUCCACAACUGGUUGGCGUGAUCCCUCAUAUCAAGAAGCAUGCACCAAAGACACGCAUCAUUUUCAGAUCUCAUAUCGAAAUGCGUGCAGAUCUCAUCCGAAAGUACCCUGAUGGCCCACAAGCCGAGACUUGGAACUUUUUAUGGCAGUUCAUUCAGCAAGCAGAUUUAUUUGUGUCCCAUCCAAUGGAGAAUUUUGUCCCUGAUGUUGUGCCACGCCGAGAUGUGGUUCAAAUGCCUGCCACCACGGAUGCCUUGGAUGGUCUUAAUAAGCGUAUUGACGCUUGGUCAACAGAAUACUAUCAAUCAGUGUUCAAUCGUUGCUGCAUGGAUCAAGGAUCCAAUGAAGUCGAUUGGAGCAGACCUUAUAUUGUUCAAGUAGCACGCUUUGAUCCAUCAAAGGGUAUACCAGAUGUACUUGAAUCCUAUCGCUUAUUACGCCAAAAACUCGCUGAUGCUGGUGUUGAUGAAUAUGAUGCUCCUCAGCUCGUUAUUUGUGGCCAUGGCAGCAUUGAUGAUCCUGAUGGCACCUUGAUCUACGAGGACACUUAUCGAAUCCUUCACAAGGCCGACUUUACGGACAUUUGCCCCGAUAUCAUUGUGGCACGUUUACCACCCUCUGAUCAAUUAUUGGAUAUGGUUUUAAGCAAUGCCAAGGUGGCACUUCAAUUAUCUCAUCGUGAAGGAUUUGAAGUCAAGGUCACAGAGGCAUUGCACAAGGGCAUCCCUAUCGUUGCAUACGAAGCAGGUGGCAUCCCCUUACAGAUUGUCAAGGACCAUGAUGGCUUUUUGCUUCCUAUUGGUGAUGUGGAAGGUGUAGCCGAUCGUAUGUUCCAACUCGUUACCAAUCCACAGCUGCAUCGUGAUAUGAGCAAUCAGGCUAAGGCACUGGUCACCGAAGAAUUCUUUACAGUGUGGAAUGCCAUUGGCUGGUUGCACUUGUGCCUCGAACUUACCAACGAGGUGGGACUUGAUGGUGAAAGCAAGGGCAUGGCUGAUGAAGAAGGUACCCUCAAACGUAACUCUGGUCUCGGUAAUAACGUAAAGGUCUCAGACCACUGGCGAAAGAAAUACAAGUAUGCCCCUUCUACCACCACUGCACCCCCUCGUGUUUAA